AUGUUUGCUGAAAAUACCGUCCGUAGAGCAAUGGGGUUCAAUGCAGUUUCCUUCUAUAUUUUCUGGGGUAUCCACGAACCCAAGAGGGGAGAAAUAUCGUUUGAAGGCUUCCGCGACCUGCAGCCUUUCAUUGACGCCGCUAAGAAAGCAGGGAUCUAUUUGGUUGCUCGUCCUGGCCCCUAUAUCAACGCUGAAACUACUGGUGGUGGAUUCCCUGGAUGGGGUACUUACACCCCCGGCAUUUGGAGAACCUCUAACACAACAUACCUUGACGCUUACGCCGGCUAUGUCAAGGCUGUUGGAGCGACGUUAGCAGCCAAUCAAAUUACUCAAGGAGGUCCAAUCAUUUUAGUUCAGUCUGAAAAUGAAUACAGUGGAUUCCAAGCACCUUAUACGGAAGAUUUCGUUUAUGAAAGCAAAUUAAUGCAAGCCUUCUUAGAUACUGGAAUCACUGUUCCAAUUACUACUAAUGAUGCUUGGGCUGGUGGCCAUUAUACUACCGUCGAUGUUUAUGGGUAUGAUUCUUACCCAAACGGGUUUGAUUGCUCCCACCCGAACACAUGGGCGUCUAAUGCAGUCCCAGACUCGUUCUGGGAUGCGCAUAUGUCAAUCAACCCCGAGGACUUGAAUGCGGUUUACGAAUUCCAAGGAGGUGCAUUUGAUGGCUGGGGUGGAUCCGGAUACGACACUUGCGCCAUUCUUACUGGAACUGAAUUCGAAAGAGUGUUUUAUAAGAAUGAAAUUGCGAUGUCGACGACCUAUCUCAAUCUGUACAUGAUUUAUGGCGGUACAAAUUGGGGAGGCAUUGCUCACCCUGGUGUAUAUACCUCAUACGAUUAUGGAUCUGCCAUUGCAGAAGAUCGAACGUUGCGCGAAAAAUUCUACGAGUUGAAGUUGCAAGCUAACUUCUUGGCCGUCUCGCCUGCCUAUCUUACAACCAGACCCCAGAACAUAGCCACGUCCCAAGGAGCAUAUACGGGCAACUCGGCGCUUAAAACCACCCAGAUUCUGGAUGUUGUUGGCAAAAAAACAGGGUUUUAUGUCGUUAGGCAAACUGAUGCGUCGACAAACGCUGUACAAACAUACACAUUGACUUUGCCUACCAGUCUGGGAACCUUGACCGUACCAACGCUUGGAGGUUCCUUGACUCUGACAGGCAAAGAUUCGAAGAUUCAUGUUGUCGACUAUACUGCCGGCUCUACAACUCUUCUCUAUUCAACAGCUGAAAUCAUGACCUGGGCAACCAUUGACGGCCGUGACAUAAUUCUUGUGUAUGGAAAUGCCGGAGAACUACACGAAACAGCUAUUAAAUUUGCGUCAGCAACUGCGCCUGCUGUUAAAGUUCUUUCGGGAAGCGGUACGCUCAAACAGAAAGUAUUGAAUGGCGGCGCUCUAGCUUUACAAUUUACAACAUCCGGUCAAACUGUCGUCCAAGUUGGAAGUGACACACUCGUCUAUAUUCUAGAUCGUGCCAAUGCAUAUCAAUUCUGGGUUCUUCAUCCCCCGACCAGCGGUGCUUUGGCGCAGUUCAGCACCGAAAAUCCAAUCAUCAUUAAAGGAGGGUAUCUCAUUCGUUCUGUCAACAUCAAUGGAGGAACCUUGGCUCUGACCGGAGACCUUAACAACACUGCAAGCUUUGAGAUCAUCGCACCCGCUGCACAGUCUCGAGCUCUAACUUUCAAUGGAACCCCCUUACCACUGAGCAAGACUUCGUACGGCACCUUGACUGCGAAAAAGACUGUUACCUUGCCUCCUGUUUCCCUACCCAAUCUAUCUACACUUCCAUGGAAAAUGGCGGACAGUUUGCCAGAGAUUACAUCUACAUAUUCGGAUGCUCUUUGGACAGUUGCCAACCACACGACCAGUGCCAACCCUACGCAAUUGUCGACGCCUGUGUCCCUAUAUGCAGGCGACUAUGGGUACCACACUGGAAAUAUCCUUUGGAGGGCACACUUCAACGCGACAGGAACUGAAACGGCGUUCAAAGUACAUGUCAUCGGUGGUGCUGCCUUUGGUUACUCAGUGUGGCUGGAUUCUACUUUCAUUGGAUCAUGGGAGGGCAAUGCCGUCCAAAGUGACCAUGAAGGCACAUUUUCGUUCUCGACGGCCCUUGCAAAAUCAUCCAAUCACAUCAUUACAAUCUUACAGGACCAUAUGGGAUUGGAAGAAGAUUGGGUUGCUGCGAGCGAGACAUUUAAGACCCCACGGGGUAUCCUAAGCUACUCCUUUGUGGGAAGCCCAUCUACAAAUGUCAACAUUUGGAAGGUCGCUGGCAAUCUGGGCGGAGAAAAUUAUGCUGACAGGACCAGAGGACCGUUGAACGAGGGCGGUCUCUUCGCUGAGCGUCAAGGCUUCCACCUACCUGGUUUCAACGACGCUUCGUGGACUUCAGGUAAUCCAACGACAGGCAUUUCGAAAGCGGGAGUAAGCAUAUUCAGAACUGAAUUCAAUCUGUCUGUACCGCAAGGCGUCGACUAUCCCAUUGCCAUCGUGGUCACAAAUUCGACCACCAAUCCUCAUUUCAGAUCACAGUUCUACGUCAAUGGCUACCAAUUCGGCAAAUAUGCCCAAGGAAUUCUUAACUAUCAAGGAGAAAACACACUAGCUGUUUCGCUUUGGGCUGCAGGCGCCGGAGGAGCCAAGCUUGACUCUUUAAAAUUGGCAUUGACAGCGCAAGUUGAAAGUAGUAUGGCCCCGGUCGUAAACCAGCCCUUGACCCCAUGGGCGCCUCGACCCGGUGCGUUUUAA